UCCAAUCCAAUUCAGUUUGAAUCCGUUGGCAGCAGCAGUGAGUAGUUAGCAUGGCGUCCUAUGGUGAGAACAUGUCCAGUGAAUUCUGCAAGUACCGUUCGGUGUUGAGCACCAGGUACGCAAGUCCAGAAAUGCAAUUCAAUUUCAGCGAUCAGAAGAAGUUCAGCACGUGGAGACAACUCUGGGUGAACCUUGCCAAAGCGGAAAAGGAAUUGGGUUUGAAGAUCAGCGAUGAGCAAAUUGCAGAGAUGGAGUCGCACAUCAAGGACGUUGAUUUUGCGGCCGCCGCAGAAGAGGAGAAGAAGACGAGACACGACGUGAUGGCGCACGUCCACGUCUUCGCCGAGCAAUGCCCAAAAGCAGCACCAAUCAUCCAUCUGGGUGCGACCUCGUGUUUCGUCGGUGAUAACACCGAUCUGAUGGUUAUGCGCGACGGUUUGGACAUCAUCCUCGGCGAGUUGGCAGCGGUAAUAAGAAACCUGGCGAAUUUCGCCGAAGAGCAUAAAGCGUUGCCGACGUUGGGAUUCACGCAUCUGCAGCCCGCUCAGUUGACGACCGUGGGAAAGAGGGCGACUCUCUGGUUGAGCGAUUUGGUGAUGGACGAGAGGAAUAUUCGCAGGGCCAGAGAUGAUCUGCGCUUCAGGGGUUGCAAAGGAACGACCGGUACUCAAGCGUCUUACAUGCAAUUGUUUGACGGGGAUGGGGCUAAAGUGAAGCAGUUGGAUGAUGUGCUGACGAAGUUGUGCGGUUUCGAGAGAUCGUACCACGUCACCGGGCAAACGUACUCCCGCAAAGUGGACGUUGAGGUGGUCGGAGCGCUCGCCAGUUUGGGCACUUCCAUCCACAAGAUGUGCACCGAUCUCAGAUUGCUGGCGAACAUGAAGGAAGUGGAGGAGCCGUUCGAGAAGAGCCAGAUCGGAAGCAGCGCGAUGGCGUACAAGAGGAACCCGAUGCGUUCGGAAAGGUGUUGUUCACUCGCUCGCCAUAUCAUAACAUUGCAGCAAAACACCACCCAGACGCAUUCGACGCAAUGGUUUGAACGCACCCUCGACGACUCCGCCAAUCGUCGUCUGACUUUGAGUGAGGCCUUCCUCUCCGCUGACGCUGCCCUCCUCACGCUCGUCAAUAUUACUCAGGGUCUCGUCGUCUACCCGAAAGUGAUCGAUCGUCACGUCCGUCAGGAGUUGCCCUUCAUGUCCACCGAGAACAUCAUCAUGGCGAUGGUGAAGAAGGGCGGAGGCGAUCGUCAGGUCUGCCACGAGAAGAUUCGCGUUCUCUCGCACGAAGCUGCAGCUCAGGUCAAGCAGUUGGGCAAAGACAACGAUCUGAUCGAACGCGUCUCCAACGACCCUUACUUCGCUCCGAUCAUCCCCGACCUCGAAAGCCUCCUCGAUCCUGCAACGUUUACAGGUCGUACAACCGAUCAAGUCACCGAAUUCCUUGCCGAAGAGGUUCAACCCAUCCUGCUGAGAUACCAGAAGGUACUCGAAAAGUACGAAAAACCAACCGUUCUUAACAUCUAAAUUGUUGAAUAACAAAACUGUUUCAUUAACUAUGGCAAAGUAAUGUUUAUACGAUACAAUAAACGAUUAUUUUAAAUUUUA